AUGUCGACAAGGGUUAUUCUUCGACCGGCGGUGUCUAACCGCCGGAUGCCGCUGCUGCAGCAGAGUCAGAGCUACCCGCAGGCGGGAACGCGCCUGGGGGAGGCGGUGGGUGGUACCGCCGCCGUCUGCUGCUGCUUCUCGUUCGGGCUUGCGAACAUGGUGUAUCUGGCGGUGUAUAAGUUUCCGGCAAGCCUCUGGCAGAAGGCGCUGCGGCGGAAGAGGCGGCGGAGAUUGCAGAGCAUGAAGGAGGGGCUGGAAGCGGAUGUGCACGUUCAUCGGUGCACUUGCGGGGGCUGCGACGACAUCAUGGGCGUGGGGCGCGUGUACCCACUGUGCUGCGACGACGGCGGUGAUGUGGCGGCGCUGCGGAGGCGGAGCUCAGCGGAGAAGGACAAGGACGUGGUGGAGCUGGAGAAAGAGAUGUGGGAGAGAUUUUACGGGUCCGGGUUUUGGCGAAGCCCUUCGCAGAGAGAUCAAAAAGUCGUGGCUGCUUCUGUUUCUGCUUCAAAAUUUCAAGUUCUUGCUGUUAAUUGA